AUGCCAUUCAACUUACCUGCCAAUUUCUCGACCAAUCCCAAAGCUUUUCUUAGAAGAUAUAGACAACCCCAAUCCGUCGAUUCACCUCCUGCACCAGCGCCUCCACGUUACAACUGGCAAGUAGAAGGAGAAGACGUGGAUACGCCUAACAAGACAAUCUGUACAAUUUACCCGUCGUCGUCUCACACUCUAGCUGCGUCAACUGAACCUGAUCCAACGAUCACACCCGAUAGGCACAUAGUUCGCGAAUUUUUUGAUCGAGCAAAUCUAUCGACGCCUCUGGUACCGGGAAGCUUCAUUCACACGCCGAUGCAACAACCCCCAGCCGGAUCGUCGCAAGGUAUUGGUGGGAUCGCGGCGCUGGAACCCAUGUCUCGAGACGAACUCGUCGAGACUCUACAAGCAAAAGUUGAAAGCUUAGAACAAGAGAAGUCGGAAUGGACUGCAAAGUUGGAACUAGCCGCCGCUGACCGGACCCGUAUCGAUGCGCUCGAAUUGACAAUCUCCCAAUUACUGACGGAACGGUCUCCUGGUACAGCUCGUAGUACAGGAUCUAACAACCCCUUUGCCUCGUUUCGAAAUCAAUUAUCGACUCCGACCCCAGCUGCCCCGCGUGAUCAUAGAGCCAUCAACACGGAGAUCGCACAAGCGUUAGUUCAAUCAUCUCCCGUGAUGACUCAGCAAGAUUCACCGAUUCGAAACGCAUUCAUACGGCCAACGGAAAGUGUACAACGAGAACCGCGUCGUGUUUCAUUCACGCACCUCAUGGAUCCGGAGCUGUAA